AUGUCAUCAGAAACGAAUAAAGAAGAUGAAAGCGAGAGGCUAGAGGAAAGUGAGAGAGUGCAGAGAAAGGAAGAGACAGAAGAGACGCCAGGGAAGACAGACAAAAGUAAGUGUCACAGAACUUGUUGUAAUACUUAAAGAAUGAAGCUUACUGUAAAAUUAUCUAGAUUUUGGUUUAUAGUACAGCCCCCUUUCCUUCUUUCGCUUAUUUGAAAUCGCUGAUCCCCCCCCCCGCUCCCCCCCCCCUCCCCCCCCGCCCUAAUAAAGUAUUCUAAUUUUAUUAGGUUUUUCACAUAAUUCUGUGCCUCUAACCAAAAAAAAUGUUUUGGAAGGGAGCACAGAAUUAAUUAAACAAUCGAAUAUGUAUAAUGUAAAAAAUUUUUUUCAGGUUACCGUACUCCAAAAGAUACAGUAAAAAAAGCUUUGGACAAAGGGAUCAGCGGACUUAAAGACGAGUUCUUGGACUGUCAUUCAUACCCAUCUACAGCUAUAUUUACAUCGUAUAACGACGUAGCAAAUGAAAAUAAAAACAGAUUUGGGGUAAGUCGUGUUAUACUGUAGUUUUACUGUAUUCUAGAAGGGUUUUUGAAUUUUUAAAAAAAGCUGGGCUGGGCUGAAGUAAAUUGAAAGAGACAUGGCAGAGCCGGCACGUGUAAUCCCGAGGACCAGUCCCAACCUAAGGUUCAGUCUGUCGGCUUGGCCGAAAAGUAAGGUCUGGAACGGAUCCUUUACAAGUCUAGUUAUAAUAGGCUUGGUAGACUCUGAGACGUGGUAUAUGUAGUUAACUAUACAACAAGCUAUCGUAUGUUUAGGUAACAAUGCUUUCAGAGAGUUCGAUGUAUUGAAAAUACUCGUGUCGUACUGAGAAACUGUAACUCUGACUAUAUCCAUGCUAAUUACAUUACUCUUGGAAGUAACACUGCAAAGUACAUCGUAUCUCAAGUAAGUUUUACUUCUUUGCAGUACCUAUACCUUGUAGUUAGUUUAUAUACUAUUACGUAGCGAUUACUAUUAAAAUACUGAGGUAAAUGUAUGUUCAUGUGCUACUACAUACUAUUAUAACAAUAUAUAUAUUCUACUGUAACAAUACAUACUAUAUUAUAAGAUAAUGUACUGUAUGAUAUGUUCAGGGCCCUUUGGACUACACGAUAUCAGACUUUUGGGCGAUGAUAACACAGAAAAACUGUAAAGUAAGUUUUUCUAAGUUACUGUUACAGUAAUUCCAUAAUAUCUUAUACUUUGUAAAAUUACUGUAACUUUUGUAUCAUCUUACAGUACAUUGUCAUGGUAUGUGAUUGGAUUGAGAUGGGGCGGCAGAAAUGUUCAAAAUAUUAUCCAAAUGUAAAUGAAACUACACAGUAUGGUCCGUUUACAAUACACACUUUGCAACAGGAAAUGGUAAGGUAUUACAGUAUAUUUUGGUACUUUCAGCACAAUAUGGAUGUUACUACAAUGUAAACUAUAAUAUUGACAGCAGUAUAUAUAUAUGCCAUUUCUAGAUAUCAUCAUCCACAGUACUUAAAACUACCAUUGAAGUAACACCAACUUCUAAAAAUCUUACAGUAACCCAUUACUUGCUGAACUCAUGGCCUGAUCGGGGGUUACCACGGCAUUCUGAUGAUAUAUUUGUGAUAUUGAAUGAAAUACGAUGCUCUCAGUAAGUGCUCCAUCAUUCUUUUUACUUUUUAUUAUCUAAAAAGUCAAUUUGAAAAUAAAUUUUUAAAAGUUUACAUUUUGCUCACUUGAUAUUGAUUUUCCAGAACGCCAGUCGUCUUUCACUGUUCCACUGGAGUCGGACGAUCGGCUACAAUAAUGGGUAUCGAAUACAUGUUAAAGAGUAUUCUCAACGGUAUAUCACUGCCAGAAGAUACAUUGAUCGCCAGUAUACGACGUUACCGGGCUUCAGCCAUUAGUGUAAGAUAA